AUGAAAACCACUCCUGAUGCUUUUCUCUUUCAUUUCUCUGUGAGUCCAGUCCACAUUCCGGGGCAGCAGAGAGCGCUCACGGUUCUGCGCCUCCCUCCCCUGCCUCCUCCCCCUGCCUCCCUCCCCUGCCUCCUCCCCCUGCCUCCUCCCCCUGCCUCCUCCCCCUGCCUCCUCCCCUGCCUCCUCCCCCUGCCUCCUCCCCCUGCCUCCCUCCCCUGCCUCCUCCCCUGCCUCCUCCCCCUGCCUCCUCCCCCUGCCUCCUCCCCCUGCCUCCUCCCCCUGCCUCCUCCUCCCCCUCCUCCCCUCCCUCCUCCUCCCCCCUCCCCCCUCCCCCCCUGCCUCCUCCCCCUGCCUCCUCCUCCUCCUCCCCCUGCCUCCUCCUCCUCCUCCCCCUGCCUCCUCCCCCUGCCUCCUCCCCCUGCCUCCUCCUCCUCCUCCCCCUGCCUCCUCCCCUGCCUCCUCCCCCUGCCUCCUCCCCCUGCCUCCUCCCCCUCCCUCCUCCCCCUCCUCCCCCUGCCUCCUCCCCCUGCCUCCCUCCCCUGCCUCCUCCCCCUGCCUCCUCCCCUGCCUCCUCCCCCUGCCUCCUCCCCCUCCCUCCUCCUCCUCCUCCCCCUGCCUCCUCCCCCUGCCUCCUCCCCCUGCCUCCUCCUCCUCCUCCCCUGCCUCCUCCCCCUCCCUCCUCCUCCUCCUCCCCUGCCUCCUCCCCCUGCCUCCUCCCCCUCCCUCCUCCUCCUCCCUCCUCCUCCUCCUCCCCCUGCCUCCUCCCCCUGCCUCCUCCCCCUCCCUCCCCCUGCCUCCUCCCCCUCCCUCCCCCUGCCUCCUCCCCCUGCCUCCUCCCCCUGCCUCCUCCCCCUGCCUCCUCCCCCUGCCUCCUCCUCCUCCUCCUCCUCCUCCUCUCCCUGCUCUCCCUCCGCUCCCGGGCGUCAACACUGCUUCCCCACGGCUUCUCUCGGCUCCAUGGCGGCUCAGGAGCCCGCGGAGGAGCGCUCGGUCCCGGUGCUGGAGCUGGACGAGGACGAAGAGGAUUUGGAGGUGUUCUCAAAGACAGAUGGAGGUCCUCAGCCCACCUCUCCCAGCUCCUUGACCAACCAGUACCAGCUGGACCAUGAGGACCCAGCGCAGCAUCUGGACGGGAGAGAGCGAGACCUCUUCAUCACGGUGGACAACCCCGAGAGUCAUGUGACCGCCAUCGAGACCUUCAUCAUAUACAGAGUGCUCACUCGGACCACGCGACCCGACUUUGACUCCAGUGAGGUGGAGGUCCGGAGAAGGUACCAGGAGUUCUGCUGGCUCCGGAGCAGCCUGGAGGAGAGCCACCCCACCCUCAUUAUACCACCUCUGCCGGAGAAGUUUGUGAUGAAGGGGAUGGUGGAGCGCUUCAACGAAGACUUCAUCGAGACACGGAAGAGAGCGCUGCAGCGUUUCCUACACAAGAUCUCGGUGCACCCCGUCCUGUCCCACACCGCCCCCCUCAAGGCCUUCCUCACAGCACAGGACCUGAGUCCCCAUAAGAAGCAGGGCCCGGGGCUAUUCAGUCGCAUGGGGGACACGGUGCGCUCCAUGGCCCAGACGGUGAGGGGCGUGAAGGGCCGAUCAGAAGAGUUCUCCUCCCUCCAGGACUAUGGGGACCAGUUCAGCUCCACCAUCAGCUCUGUGGACAAAGUCACGCAGAGGAUCGUCCGAGAGCAGAGAGAGUAUCUGGACGAGCUGCAGCAGUACAGCCCCACCUACAGCCAGUGGGCGGAGCUUGAGGAGGCGGGGCUAUCAGAGGCCAUGAGGGGCGUGGCCAGGAGCCUGGAGCAGUGCACCGCCGAGACGGAGGGACAGGUGCAGGAGCUGUCCGAGGUGCUUAUCCCACUGCUGCACGAGUGUGUGCUGAGUGCAGACACGCUCAAGACUGUGCUGAGGCGCAGAGACAACAUCCAGGCCGACUUUGAGCUGAAGAAGCAGAAUCUGGCAACGAGGAAAGUGGACCCUGAGGCGCUUCAGGAGGAGGUGGACCUUCUGGCUGAGCGAGUGGAGCAGGCUAACGAGGCCCUGAGGUCAGACUGGGACCUCUGGAGGAGCAGCCUGAGGUCCGAGGUUCGAGCUGCUCUGGUGUCAACAGCAGACAGGAAACUGCAGAGCUACGAGAAGUGUCUGGCCGUGUGGGAGACCUUCCUCCUGUCUCAGAAAGUGGAUCCCACCUCCUCCUGA